UGCUCUUUCAUCUUUCAUCUUUCAUCUUCCCUCAAAGUCCUAUUUUGGGUUUUCAAGUUUGAACAUUUCUUCAAAAAUAUCUCCCUGUCGAUCGAAGCAACUUAUAUAUAAAUAUGGAGUGUGAGAGAUCAUCGUCGUCUACGUCAUCAGAAACCAGAGCCGUUCGGCACCGUCACAUGGCGUCGUCGUCGGUCUCCAACGUGACGAGACGAAUGUACGAGUGCAGUUUCUGCAAAAGAGGUUUCACGAACGCACAAGCUUUAGGUGGUCACAUGAACAUCCAUCGACGUGACCGUCUCAACAAGGCCAAGGUGACAAACGAUGCUGACCUGGCACUCUCACAAACUCAUAGAUGUUUCAACGUGGCGUCUGAUCGCGGUGGCUACGAGCAUGUAGAUUCCGUCGUGAUGAGGACGACCACCUCGAACUACAUGCAACACUUACGAAUCGGCUCGAUGGCUGCAAGGAGAGAACACGUCGUCGUUGAAGGAGAUGAAAUCGAUUUGGAGCUGCGUCUUGGCUUAUGAUCAUCAGCUUCUUACAUAUUUAUAGAUGUAUUAAUACGUUUUCGGUGUAUAUUAUAUGGCUUUCCAGGUUGAUAUAUUUAAUCUAGGAAAGCAUAUAUAUGAGGCGCGUUUAUUAUAAUAUGUCAAGGGUAAGAUAUUUUUGGGUGGUUUAUUUAUUUUUGCAUGUUUUGUGAUCUUUCUACGA